AUGAUGAGCAUUUUCUCAGAUUUGCUGGAGGAUUGCAUAGAGAUUUUUAUGGAUGAUUUCACCGUAUAUGGAGAUUCCUUCGAGACUUGCCUGGGGCACCUGGAUGUUGUUUUGGAGAGAUGCAGGAAGAAAAACCUGGUGCUAAACUAUGAGAAAUGCCACUUUAUGUUCAAGGAGGGGAUAGUACUGGGACAUGUUGUAUCGGAAAAGGGCAUCGAGGUGGAUCAAGCGAAGGUGGAGGUGAUCUCUAAACUUCCACACCCAACGAAUCAGAAGGAAAUUCGAGGAUUCUUGGGGGCAUGCUGGGUUCUACCGAAGCUACUCAAAGAUCGUCUGGUCACAGCCCCGAUAAUCCGCUCGGCCAACUGGAAUUACCCCUUCGAGGUAAUGUGCGACGCAAGUGACUUUGCAAUAGGAGCGGUCUUUGGCCAGAGGAUCGAAGGAAAAAUUUAUGUUAUAUUUUAUGCCUCAAAGACUCUCAACCAGGCCCAGAAGAACUAUGACACCACCGAGAAGGAGAUGUUGGCUGUGGUGUACUCUUUUAAAAAAUUCCGACCAUAUCUACUGGGGUCGAGGGCAAUAGUGUUCACUGACCACGCAGCCAUUAAAUAUCUCAUAGCCAAGAAGGAAUCCAAGCCAAGGCUAAUCAGAUGGGUGUUGCUAUUGCAAGAGUUCCACUGGGAAGUCAGAGAUAAGAGAGGGACCGAGAAUAGAGUGGCUGACCACUUAAGCGGAAUUGUCCAAGGGGAAGAUGAGGAAACCGUACCCGAUGCUUUUCCAGAAGAGAAUUUGUAUUACUUAGAGGGAUCAACUAGCCCCAUCAGAUGGGUAGCAGUGUUAGCAUUAACCGGCCCUGAGGAGUCAGAGAAACGAAAAGGCAGGCCAAAUGAGGAGCCCUGGUGCCAACUGACCGGAGGGAUUUCUAUAAGAGAUGAGAUGCCACAGACUCCGAUAAUAGUCUGUGAGAUCUUUGAUUUUUGGGGCAUGGACUUCAUGGGCCCAUUCCCAUCUUUAUAUAGAAAUACGUAUAUAUUGGUUGUUGUGGAUUACGUGUCCAAAUGGAUAGAGGCCAAGGCUACAAGUUCAAACGACGCGAAGAAGAUUGAAGCACUGAUGAGAAAAUAUGGAGUCCACCAUCGGUUAUCUACUCCGUAUCACCCCCAGUCAAAUGGUCAGGCUGAAAUUUCAAACCGAGAAAUAAAAAGCAUUCUGAAGAAGACGGUGAAUACCUCGAGGAAAUAUUGGAGUAAGCGUCUUGGUGAUGCCCUCUGGGCCUAUAGGACUGCUUACAAGAGACCAAUUGGAAUGUCACCCUACAGAUUGGUAUUUGGAAAAAUGUGCCACCUGCCCGUGGAGAUAGAACACAAGGCAUAUUGUGCAGUAAAGGAAAUGAAUAUGAAGGCUCAUGCCUGUGAGGAUGAGAGGAAGCUGCAACUGCAGGAGCUAGAGGAAUUGAGGCUGGAGUCAUAUGACUCAGCCAUGUGGUAUAAAGAGAGAACCGAACUCUGGCACGAUAAGAACCUUCGGGUCAAGGAGCUGCAAGUUGGGCAGAAAGUACUCCUUUUUCAGUCAAGGCUCAAACUCAUGCCUGGAAAGCUGAAGUCCAAGUGGAUAGGCCCAUACACAACUGUUGGCAUUCGAGCACAUGGAGCAAUGGAAAUUCAGGGAGUCAAUGCUAACUCUGUUCCUUUCCUUGUUAAUGGCCAUAGAGUGAAGGUGUUUAGGGAUAGUUCGGAGUUGUGCGAAGUGGAAGAAAUUCAACUCCACACACCUUCCACGAUUGCCUAG